AUGGUAAAGAAAGUUGCAAUCAUUGGUGCUGGGUCCUGUGGCCUGCCCGCCAUUAAGUGUUGCCUGGAUGAGGGACUUGAACCCACUUGCUUUGAGAAGAGUGAUGACAUUGGAGGACUCUGGAAGUUUCAAGAUGAUGCUAUCGAGGGGAAGGCCAGCAUAUACAAAUCUCUGACAAUUAAUACAUCUAAGGAAAUGAUGACCUUUAGUGAUUUCCCCAUCCCAGAAGAUUAUCCCAACUACAUGCACAACAGUCAAGUCAUGGAUUACUUCCGUUCAUAUGCCAAGCACUUUGGACUGCUGCCAUAUAUAUGCUUUAAGACCACUGUCCUCAGUGUUACAAAACAACCAGAUUUUUCUAUCACUGGUCAAUGGAAUGUAGUCACUGAGACUUCUGGAAUAAAGGAAUCAUUUGUCUUUGAUGCUGUUUUGGUUUGCACUGGUCAUCAUGUUGAACCUUACUUACCACUCGCAUCUUUUCCAGGUCUAAAGAAAUUUAAAGGGAAAAUUUUGCAUAGCUGGGAAUAUAAACAUCCUGGAAAUUUCAGAGACAAAAGAGUGGUUAUGAUUGGCCUGGGGAACUCUGGAGCAGAUAUCACUGUGGAUCUCAGCCAUGCUGUGAAAAAGGUUUUCCUCAGCACCAGGUCAGGAUCAUGGAUAAUCAGCCGUGUUUCAUGUAAUGGUUAUCCAAUGGAUGUUACAUACUUUACUCGAUUCAGAACUAUCGUCCGCCAUAUUAUCCCCAUGUGCCUACUGAAUAUGUGGGAAGAAAAUAAAGUGAAUUCAAGAUUUGACCACACAAACUAUGGCCUGAAACCUUCCCACAGAUUUUUCAGUAAGUACCCUAUUGUGGGUGAUGACCUCCCCAAUGGUAUCAUCUCUGGCCGGAUUGCUGUGAAGCCAGACGUGAAGGAGUUCACUGAAACUGCUGUGAUCUUUGAAGAUGGCACCAAGGAAGAGAAUAUUGAUGCUGUCAUCUUUGCUACGGGUUACUCCUUCUCUUUCCCCUUUCUUGAGGAGUCUGUUAUCAAAACAAAAAACAACCAUGUCUCCCUUUACAAAUAUGUCUUCCCUCCUUUCCUGGAAAAGCCAACAUUGGCCAUGAUUGGCCUUCUCCAGCCCCUGGGGGCCAUCAUGCCAAUUGCAGAGCUGCAGGUCAGAGGGGCUACCCGAGUCUUUAAAGGUUUGAUCAAACUCCCUCCUGAAGAUGUUAUGAUGGCAGAUAUUAUCAGGAAAAAAAAGGAAAAUGAGAAAAGAUUUGAUUUGGUGGGGAAAGCCCAACACAUUGCCUUGCAAGUGCAAUAUGUAAACUACAUGGAUGAAAUCUCCAGCUUCUCUGGAGUCAAGCCCAACAUGCUGUCCCUACUGCUCAAAGAUCCAAAACUGGCUUGGGAAGUCUUCUUUGGUCCAUGUACACCAAUCCAAUUUCGUCUCAUGGGUCCAGGAAAGUGGAAUGGAGCCCGUGAAGCUAUCCUGUCUCAGAGAAAAAGGAUCAUCAAAGCAACUAAGACCAGGGAUCCCCCCAAUGACAGCAAAGAAACCCCUCCUGCUUUGGGCUUCUUGUUUUUGAAAAGUCUGUGGUUCUUGGCAUUUGUCAUGGCAAUUUUUGUGUACUUGUAAUUUGAUGGUCUCUCCUACCUGUGAUUGCAAGCUCAUAUACGUCCAGAGUUCCUGGAUAUCCUUCUUACCGCUUUCUUCUCUUAUUCCUAAUACUUUUUCUCUCUCCACCACAGAGGUAAUGCCAAUAGGAAGAGGGAUUCUGAUUUUCCCCAUAGAAAGAGACACCAAAUAACUUCCCAUGGAUAUAACCAAGUGUUCAUCCCCUUUAGCAGUUACUGGUCCCCAAUCCAAGAGAUUUACAAUUAAACCUACCUCUUAGCAAUGGUGAUCCUUUUAGGUGCCUACUAACUAGGAGUUCACAUGUUCUAGAUCAGGAACAGAACUUAAACAGAAGAUUUAAACAAAUAACUUUAUGGAUAGCACUGAAGCAUAUU